GGAAAUUCAACACACAUUAGUCCAAGAAAGGGAACAAACGAACCACCCCCAACUGCAGAUCAUCACCGAAAACCCUCACUAAAUUCACGCACAAAAUUCCGUCGAUUCCCACCCCAAAAUUCUCAUCAAAAUCGCCAUGGCAUCAAAUGGAGCUCCACUCGGGGAUGCUGAUACGCAGACGAGCUUGGAGAAGAUCAAAAGGCAGCUCGCCUCGAGCUCCGGCCGACAACUUCUUCAAGGGCCCCUCUUAAAGCGAUCCGAAACGUUAAGGAAGUGGAACGAGAGGUGGGUGAUUUUAGACCCAACAACUGGGAAGAUGGAAUACAAGGUCAGGAGGAACGAGCCGGCAGUAAAAGGAACCAUAGUGUUUGACGCAAACAGCACCAUCACAAUUUCUCCUGUGAAUUUCCAGGGACUACCGAAGUAUGACGGCUGUUGUUUCUAUAUUGGGACACCGCAGAAAAAGGAUUAUUUUCUUUGUGCAGAGACUCCUGCUGCUACCAGAGCUUGGGUGUCGACAUUACAUGCAACUCAACUGGUUCUCAAGGCUCAUAAAGAAGCGGUGAAUACCCUAAGUGGAAAUGGAUCCUCAAAGUUAGGAACAGUAGCCACUGUUGUUGCUGCUGCAAAUUCAACAGCGCUGGAAGCUUCUAAAGAAAUUGAAGCUGCCAUGCAAGUUGCUAUGAGGAAUGCCUUGGGGGCUAUGAUGAAUAAGACACCUGAUCUGCCCAUGGAUGAUUUGUCAAUCAUGAAGGAAACCCUGAGGGUGAAGGAUGAAGAGCUGCAAAAUUUGGCGAGGGACCUUCGUGCUAGAGAUUCAACCAUAAAGGAAUUAGCUGAGAAAUUAUCUGAGACUGCUGAAGCUGCAGAAGCUGCCGCCUCUGCUGCCUAUACCAUGGAUGAGCAAAGGAGAAUAGCAUGUGCAGAGGUUGAGCGGCUGACUAGAGAUUCAGAGAAACAAUUUGAGUCAUCUAAACAGAAGAUUAGAGAGCUGGAAGAGAAAACUCUGAAUCUGAGCAGAGAAAAAGAUCAGCUGAUAAAAGAACGGGACUCAGCCAUUCAGGAGGCUCAUUUGUGGCGUUCCGAGCUUGCAAAAGCUAGAGAGCGUGCUGUCAUAUUGGAAGGAGCAGUUGUUCGAGCUGAAGAGAAGGUCAGAGUCACAGAGGCUGAUGCCGAAGCUAAAUUAAGGGAAGCAAUGGAAAAAGAGUCUGUUGCUGCUAAGGAGAAACAAGAAUUACUUUCAUAUAUCAAUGCCUUACAAGAACAACUGAAAAGGCAGCAGAUAGAAACCCGGGAAGUCUUUGCAGAGAGGACCGAUUCCUGCUCUGGUAUCGGUGGCGAUUUACCACUAACAAAGCAUGUCGAUCCAUCACAGGAGAACGUCGAUAAAGCCUGUCUGAGCGUCUCAAAGGCGACAUCAGCGCCUGCAGAGUCAGAUCUCCAUUCUAUCCAGGAGAGUGAAUGGAGCGACAUCCAAACCACAGAGGCUAGGAUAGCCGAUGUCAGAGAGGUUGGACCCGAUGCAGAAGAGCACAGCCUCGACAUCCCCGUUGUAACUUUCCCUACCAACGGUCACCCGGAGCACAGUUCUUCCCAUCAGCCUUAGAGAAUCUCACUACCUUGAGGUUUGCCAAUUUUCUUUAGCGUAGUUUUUUUUUUUUUUUACUCGAAUCUUAGUUCGUUGUUGCUGUUGGUAGAUGAAUUAACAUAUUGCAUGUUUUCACAAUUUUAGGUGAUUUCGGAAUUUAAACUCUUGUUUGAUAUCAGUUGAGUGCAAAUAGUUGUGAUAAUCAAAGAUGUUAAAUCACAGAAGAUGAAUUUCACUGUAAACUUACUGUACUAGUUUCCUAUCAUCUUCAUUGCUCUAUAUAUGAGUUACACACAUCCAACAAUGAUGUUAUUCUUCAAA